UUACCCGGAAGUAGUCUAGCGCAUGUCAUUGCUAGCAGAUUAGCUUAGCUGCUAACAGAAGAGUGUACCUCCUCCUGAAGAACAACUCUGAAGUCCCUCUCCUGUGGGACAGCUGUCACCAUGGUUGUGUUGUGGUGUAAACUGUGACAACUGACGCCAAGAUGAUGAACGACAUAAUAGAGGAGCCUGAAAAGGACACUCUGCUGGAGGCACAGCAGGAGCCACAAGUUUUGUCGGGGCCAAGUAGUGGUACAAGACCUAAGACCAGCGAUGGAGGCAUCAGGCCAGUGGAGAAAAGAGGACCUUACAUCAUGUCCAGAGCUCCAGCCAUCCACCUCAAACUACAGAAACACAGGGAGAUGGCAAGGAAAGCGCUGAAGAAGAAAGCCCUUUCUCCAGGACCUGCAGUGACACAUCAGCCCAGACAAGGAGCCAAGAGGACAGUGAAGUACAACAAGGGCUACGCUGCUCUGAGUCAACAUGCCGAGGAUACUUUAAUAGCACUGGACUCAGACAGUGAUGAAGAGAUUGAUUUUGAGCAGUAUUCAUCAGGGUACUCUUCAGCUGAGGUUCAUCCUGAUUUAAGCAGGCAGCUGCUUCAGGAUGGUUACCGACUGGAUGAGAUCCCUGAUGAUGAGGACCUGGACCUGAUUCCACCCAAAGCCAUGGGCUCCUCUGUGUGCUGCUGCUCCGAGAGCCCGUCCUGCCCUUUGCAGUGAUGGCUGUGGUGCCACUCGAACCUUACAAAGGCUUGGCUCCAGCGUCAGCUGACUUUCAUCUCUGUUGCCUGGCGCCUUCUUUCUAACCCAGCUCCACUGCUGCGCUGCCUAAGGACUUCCAGCUCUGAAGCCGAACCACGUUUCAUGGAGGACUGCGUGCACUGAGAUCGCUGAAUCUUUCUGAAAACGCAGAUGGACGUGAGAACAAGCCUUAUCCACUGUGACCCCAAAGCUUGACCUAUUUUUUUAUUUAUUCUUUUUUCUUUUUAUAAAACUACAUGAAAUGCUAACUACGCCACUGCUUUAAAUACAGUGGCAGAGUAAGUCAACAUUUGGGAUGCGCCCUUGUUAGAGAGCUAGUUACGCCUUUUCCUCUCUGGCAAACAGGUCUGCAGCCCUCUAAGCACGACAUGCAUACAAGUAUGAUGUAUUGUGUUUUAAUGUUUCAGCCCUUUGGUGAAUCUGCAUGUCCCAAUUAUUAACUAACUGCGAAAUGAAGUCAUGACAUCUCACACAAGCAUUGACAUUCCCCCUUUUUUUCCUUUUUGUUACUGCAUCUGUUCCCAGGACUCACAUUUAAGUUUCAUUCCUAGGUGACCUGCUCAUCACAUGAAUACAACACCUGUUUCAACAAAAACUAACAACUUGCAAGCAAAGCACUGAAUCAAAAUAGGAUGUGUAGUCUUUGAGUAAAACUCCUUAAUUUCAUGGCUUAUGUGCAUCUGAGUUAAUAUUUUCUUUAUUAAGUGUUACUAUGUACAAGAACGUUAUUACAUUUUACAAGCAGCCAUUGAGAAAACUGCUACAUACCCAGAAGGACUCCCCUGUAGAAGAUUUACAGUGAGAGAAAAGCAAGUUGUCUGUUAUUGAGCUCCACUGUUAGAAAAAAGUAAUACGUACACUUGGCACCCAGUCACACUGCUGUAUGCGGCACACAUAUUUGAAGUGAUAACAGAUUGAAGUGCUUUAAUUGAUGAACCAGUGACAUUACAGUCUUUGCAUUGUAGAAGAGGGUUUCAUUCCAGACACCAAUAUGUGCCAGAGCAAAAAAAAAACCUGUUACAAAAAGAUUGUAAGCAUGAUAGUGACAUCUGUAAUUGAAAUUCUCCCCCCUUCUUUCUGUUUUUUUUUUUUUUUUUUUGCAAUGAUAUACUUUAGAAAAUAAUUUGAUGUGGACGAUAAGAAUUCCAAAGUAGCUUUGUGUUGAUUACUUUUUGGGAUAUGUAGCAUUUUGAUCUAAAACUCGAUCCAGAAGCUCUAAAGAAGGAUGUGUGUAGACAUCAGAUCUGAGUUACAUUAUUUUAUUUAUGUAUUUAUUAGUACAUUUGUUGGGGACACUAAAAUCGUUGUUACAGGUUAAAAUGAGACCAGCUUAGCAUAUGAUUUGAGCUUUUUGUCUACCGUUGUUUUUUUUGUAAUCCAUAUUUACAUGCAUUAGUUUAAACAAUGUGUUGGAGUCAGUUUCUGUUUGUGUUACGAUGCAUCUGUCGUCGUUUCCUGUACGGCAGACGGAGAUAUGCUAUGAACACUUAAUCAAACAAAAGUACAUGUAUAUGAUUUUUCUUUUCCACUUUAGAAAAUGUAUCUUUUCACUAAAGUUACUGUCCCAGUCAUAUUUUCCUAUUCUUUGUUUUGUUGGUGUUCAUGAUGAAACUGUGUUAACAAAACAUGUUAAGUAUCAGAGUAAGUGACAGUGAUCACUUUUUCAGGAGACUGAUGUGUGCAUGUGUAUGUGUGUGUGUGUGUGAUUGCAGAGAUAGAAAACAAUUUGCCUUUCACAUACAUUUGUAAAAUGAAAGAUUGAAAAUUGCACAUACGGUUCAGUGCAAACCUGUUUUAGGUCAGGAUAAAUGUGUGGCUGCUAUUUGACCUACAUGCAGGCCACACUGUUAUUUCUCACACAGUGAUGUUGUUUGUCAGAUGUAGUAACUCUCAGUCAUAUAAAUAGAUGGUUUACCAGAGCGCUUGCCCACAACAAAGUAAAGAACUGGAAAGAGCAUGUUCUUCUGGUUAAAACAAAAAGUAGAAGCCUUGGUUUGUACUUCACAUAGAUGGAUCAGUUCAUGAAUUCAGGAGUUGAGGUUGUUUAAACCUUUGCAAUGGAAAUGCUUAUUUACAUGCUUAAAAAUGUUACCCUUUUAACAUUUGUAAUGUAAACUAUCUCCCCCCCAGCACUCUAUGGUUGUAAUGCGGGUGAUUUAGGAAUAAAAGCUGAUUCUGCUAUUACACAA